AUAUUGGGUAAACCAUCACAUGCACAUGCCAUCGAUGGGUGGAAUUUAGAUUCACGAGGUACAGCCCCUAGCAGUACGUCUUGUCUCAGGCCACAAGUAGAUGGCGUCUGACUACACUACAACACAACCAAUACAGCAAGAUAGCUGAGUCACAUAACUAGGUAGGCUACUGUGGAAAAAGCAACAAUACAGAAACGGGUGUGAACACGGCUAUAGAAGCGCCUGGCAAUUAUCGGGAAUCGUCUUGAAGAUGUUGUCCAUAACGUUGAAGACUCUUCAGCAGCAAACGUUUAAAAUCGAAAUAGAUCCAGAACUAACGGUAAAAGCCCUGAAGGAGAAGAUUGAGGUUGAGAAAGGGAAGGUUGGCUAUCCAGCCGCAGGGCAGAAGCUCAUUUAUGCAGGCAAAAUCUUGAAUGAUGACAUACCUCUAAAAGACUACAAAAUUGAUGAGAAAAACUUUGUGGUGGUCAUGGUUACAAAGCCCAAACCUCCAGCUCCUCCACAGAUUUCUCCUCAGGCAACCGCAGCCCCUGCCUCUACCCCUGCUCCUGCCCUUGCACCUCCUGUUGUUUCUGGGCUGUCCCUAUCAGACAUUGCCUGUCCUACUUCCUCUCCUGCCCCCAUGGAGAUCUCAACCCUCUCCCCUACACCCACACCCGCCCCUGCCUCAAACCCCACCAAAUCAGUGGAGCCCUCCACACCCCCGUCCCCUGCACCAGACCCUGCUUCUAUUCCCCCUGCAGCUCUGGGGGCCAGUGCAGCUUCAGCUCCAGCCGCAGCAGCAUGCCCCGUCCCUGUCUCCCCCUCAGAGGACAAGCCUCACGAGGAGCACCCUGAACAGACCCUCGCCACAACACCAGCCCUCUCCUCCUCUAGCCUUGUUGAUGACUUAAGUCUCUUGGAAGAAGCAGCAUCAAUACUGGUGACAGGACAAGCGUAUGAGAAUCUGGUGUCUGAAAUCAUGUCUAUGGGAUAUGAAAGGGAGCAGGUUAUUGCAGCGCUGCGAGCCAGUUACAACAACCCAGACAGAGCCGUGGAGUACCUGCUAAUGGGGAUUCCGUCCGAGGCUGACCUUCCGCCAGCGGAAGCGCUUCAACCCACAGCUCCGGUCAACCCCACUGCCCUAGCUCCUGCCCCAGCUCCUGCCCCAGCAUCUGCUCCAGCCACAGAUAUAGCCCAGCCCCCACCAGCAGCCACCACAGACGCAGUGUCUUCAACCCAGCAGCUCCCCUCGUCUGGUGGGCUGACUGGUGUGCUUUCUGGUGGGCUAACUGGUGGGCUUACUGGUGGGCUUACUGGUGGAGGUACUGGGGUUGGGAACCCCCUGGAGUUCCUGAGGAACCAGCCACAAUUCCAGCAGAUGAGACAGAUCAUCCAGCAGAACCCAGCUCUCCUUCCUGCCCUGCUCCAGCAGCUGGGCAGAGACAACCCCCAGCUGCUGCAGCAAAUUACCCAGCACCAGGAGCGGUUUGUGCAGAUGCUGAACGAGCCACAAGGAGGAGAGAUGGUAGAGGAGGGAGCUGAGGCCCAGGGGGCGCCACAGACUAACUACAUCCAGGUCACCCCACAAGAGAAGGAGGCCAUCGAGAGGUUAAAAGCCUUGGGAUUUCCAGAGGGACUUGUCAUUCAAGCGUAUUUCGCAUGUGAGAAGAACGAGAAUUUAGCUGCCAAUUUUCUGCUCCAACAAACGUUUGAUGACGAGUGAACGUGGCUGCGUUGGCAUGAAGGGGAAGAAAGCAGGGCUAGAGAAUGAGUGAUAGUGCUACAGAAUAUGCUUUUGAAGGAAGGAGUGGAAAAGGUUACCCAAAGUGACUGGUCUUCCAGGAUGCUUUUCAUUGGACAAAGACGUGAUGUGUUGUUACUGUGAGCUAGGCCUUCUCCAUUCUGAGUGUUAGCUCUCCGUGGGCUCUCUCUCUCACUGCUGCUAUUACUGCUGCUUGUGCUGUGUCAAUCUAUAGAGUUACUGUGGCAGCUUGCCCUCAUCAUAUAUUGCUUUUCAACUCCUCACAAAUAUAACCCCAAACAUACAUUAGCUGGUUGAUACAUAUUUGUUAUGUGAGCCUCAUCUCCUGCGAAAAUAUACUUGAGUUUCCUGUGAUAAAGUGACAAAACCAGCAAAAUGGCCAUGGAACUCAAAUGUGUUGUUUGUUUUUAGGCCGAGGCUGCGGAUCCGACAUUUCUCUGCCCUUCUUUCUGACAACCUAAGGUCCCGAAGCUUCUGCGCAUGUGUGGGAUUCUCUACUCUACGCACAGUCUCUGCUCAACUAAUAGAGAACCCCUUUCACAUUUCUCACUGUCAAUCGUGAAUGAUAAUUCUUUAAAUUUUACAGGUGAAACGUCCAUGCAGCAUCUGCAUACCAACAAUGUGAUCUCAAUCAGUUUCAUGGGGAUAUGCAUUUAGAUCUUUUUAAACAGUGUUGUUUAGAAGUAGCCUACAGUGUUGUUUUGAAUUAUGUACAUUGAGUGAAUUUUAGAGCAGAUGGUGCUUAGUUUCAAUCAAAGCAAAUAUUAUGCCUAGUGGCGCACACUUGUGUUUUGGCCACAUGACAGAAAAAUCUGACCACUACACAAUCAUCCUAAAAUCUCAUAAGAAAUAAGGUGGUGUUUUUUGUCUUACAGUAAUGUUAUACUAUGCUAUUAUAUGUGGUUCUGUUAUGUAGAAUACUGUCAUUAUGUGAUCUUGCAGACAUUGAUUCAGCUUUGAUCUAACUUUAUUAAACAAGCACCAUUCACCAGAGUAACGAGUAGCCUGUUCUCUAUUAGUAGAGCAGAGACUGUGCAUAAAGUAGAGAAUCCCGCACAUGCGCAGAAGCUUCGGGACCUUUAGCUGUCAGGAAGAGGGGUCCAGAAAAGUCGGAUCCGCAGCCACUCUGUUGUUUUUAUCAUUUGUCUCCAUGAAGCUGCUUAUUUCUCUCAGAAUUUAACUGAUCAUUACUGUCCAACCUUUCCAAUAUAUGUUUCAUCUUCAGACAAAGGGAACUGGGAUAUUUUGCCAAUGAAAUGUCAUAUUAAUGUUGAAGAGUUGCUUUGUCACUUUAUUUCACCGUUACAAAGUGAACAUUUCUUUGUAAAAGAGAAGUAUGUUCUGUGAUUGAUGUGUUAUCAUAUUUAAAUGUUAUAACACUGUAAAAUGAGACAUGGUAGGUAAUACUGGAUUUGGUUCCACUGUAAGGUACUAAAUGACUGCACAAAAGGAAGUUUGAGCCACAUAUAUAUAUAUUUUUUUAUAUCCUAGCUCAACAGUUGAAGGCUAGUUGAAGCUGAAAGUCAAUUGAGCCAUGUCCCUAAUAUUAUUUUAUAAUCACUUUAAGCACAUACGUACACAAGAUUCUGUUCUCUCUGGACACUUUUGUGUGUGUUUUGAUUGCCCCUUUUUGUGUGUUUUGAUUGCCCCUUUUUGUGUGUUUUGAUUGCCCCUGAUCCUUAAUGUAUUAUAUCAAAAGAAAUCAUGCUGUAAGUUUGUUAUCCAUGUAAUUACUCUUCCAUGCCUUGUGGUUUGUCUCAUUUUGUUGAAGAGUAAUUGUUUGUUUGUGCAAAACCGUGUACAGCUUUCAAAGGUCUAUCGUUAGUCAAUAUGUGCAUAGAUGAGUGCCAUAGGAUUUAUGUUGCCUAUCAUAAGCAAACACCCAUCUCAUAAAAUAUGCUAGAGUGAAGGUAGAAGUGCUAGAAGCCGGGGGGAAAACGAGUAAACAACCCACAAAACUGGCCUUGGCUUUUUAUUUUUCUCUUGUGUGUAGAUGGGAAAGAUUGACCCAGCAGAGUUUCUGUAUAAUACUGUACAUGGAGUUGAUUUCUGCUUUGGCAAAAUGAAGCACUUUAUUGUGAAGACUGUUGCUCUGAGAGAUGUAGGGUUGGUUAAUUGCAUGAGUUUAUAACAGAGGCUCUAGCUGAGCUAUGGCAUGCUGUGGAACCACAGGAGUAAUGAUUUCAGCAUCUUACUUUUUUGUUUUGUUUUCUUUAAAACUACAAUAAAGGGUAGUUUAAAGGGUUUUAGCCUUAAAUGCACCACUUGAAGGUUUAUUUAAGGUUAUUAGCGUUAUGUCAAAUAAAUAGCUUUUACAAAGCUUUAAAAUUGUUUCAUUGAUUACACAAGGCAUUGUAUCUGGAAACAUACGCAGUUGUAAAUGAGAACUUGUUCUCAACUGGCUUACCUGGUUAAAUAAAGGUGAAAAAAAAAACAUUA